CGCGGCGCACACCUGACGGACAGACUCCUCCCCGCCUCCCCGCUCUAAUCAGACAAUCGUUGUGGGCACUUUGUUGUAGUGGCACGGCGUCUUGAUUUGUUUGCCGCACACCAGAAGAAAAAAGAAAAAAAAAACAAAACAACAACAACAACACACACACACUCAUACACACAGAGAGAGACAAAGCUCGGCAUCACAUCUGGGACUAACGCGAUGGUUGACAGCUGAAACCUGCCGAGUGACGAGACGCAGCUCACAGGUAACAUGAUGGAGGUGGCAGGUCCCUGGACAGAAGUGUUUGAGAGCUCGGAGAGGAAGGAGGAGUCCGGACGAGCGGAGACGCUGCUGGAGAGCUCCACUCUGACUCUGGCUCCUCUGGUAGCCGAUUCUCCCUCCAUUCGUCGCUCGCAGCCCAUCCUGAUCACCUCAAACAGGUUGAAAGGAGUAGAGUCGUUCUCUUCCUCGGUCCCGUCCAUACCCAACCCCUUUCCAGAGCUGUGCAGCCCCUCCAAGUCUCCAGUGCUCAUUAGUUCACUUCCACCGACGUCAAGUGACAAACAUCCGAUAAAGGUGUAUGGGGAGGACAGCCACAGCAGGUCGAUGUGGGUGUCUCCCGGAGCCACAGCCAGAGAGGUGUGUCACAUGUUGGUCCAGACGGCUCACUGCAGCGACCAGGAAAACUGGGCCCUCCUCGAACUGCAUCCCACCCUCGGCCUGGAGAGGUGUCUGGAGGACCACGAGGUCGUGCUGGAGGUUCAGGCGACCUGGUCGCUCAAGGGUGACACGAGGCUUGUUUUCUGCAAAAACUACGCCAAGUACGAGUUCUUCAGGAAACCAGUGCUCUUCUUCCCAGAGAGCAUGAUCUCCGACAGCGCGGAUGUCAGCAAGGGGAUGACAUCAUCAGAGCUCAUUCAGAACCUGCUGAGGUCUGGGACGUGUCCCGAGAUCCAGGGGUUCCUGCAUGUGAAAGAACCCAGUCGUAAGGCCUGGAAGAAGGUCUACUUCUUCCUCCGACGCUCCGGACUAUACUGCUCCACCAAGGGCUCCUCCAAGGAGCCUCGGCACCUGCAGUACGUGGCUGAUCUGGAAGAUUUGAACGUGUACACGGUGGUGAACAGCCGGAAACUGUACGGAGCACCUGCGGACUUCACCUUCUGUAUCAAGCCUUCCAGAAACCCCGUCCGCGCUCAGGACCUGAAGAUCCUGUGUGCCGAGAACGAGCAGACACGAACUUGUUGGACAUCCGCCUUCAGAUUGUUCAAGUAUGGGAAGCAGCUUCAGUGUAACUACCAGUUGUCCAAGUCGGCCCCACGGAGCCUGGAAGGAAUCAACGUCACGGGCGGCAAAUCAAAGUCGGAGGCCAGCCUGGUGGCCAUGGACUUCUCGGGGAAGGCCGGAGGACGGGUCAUCCAGAACCUGAAGGAGGCCCAGAACGCAGAGAGGGAGGAGGGACAAGCCUGGAGGAGGAGAGAAGCCCUGAGGUGCAGUCUGCCCAACCUGAACUCUGGUGCGAGGCCUUCCUCCAUUCACAAGACCCAGCCGUGGUUUCACGGCGGUGUGUCCAGAAGAGAAGCACAGAGACUGAUAGAGAAGCAGGGGCUGGUAGACGGGAUGUUCCUCAUUCGUGAGAGUCAGCAGCACGCACAGUGCUUCGUCCUGUCGCUGUGUUACCAGCUGAAGACCAAACACUACCUGGUGAUCCCUUGCGAGGACGGAGGCAGGAAGUACUUCACCAUGGACGACGGUCUGACCCUCUUCAUCGACCUCCUGCAGCUGGUGGAGUUCCACCAGAUCAACAAGGGCAUCCUACCCGUCUGCCUCAAGCACCCCUGCAUCUGCGUAGCGCUAUAAACCCGUGGUUUCCCUGACUCUUCCCAGCCCGUGUGACCUCUGCUCUUUUAGUGUAACCUCUCCUCCUGGCCCAGGAUCAGUCAUCCACACCUUUAAUUCAAGUCUCAAGUGUGAGCCCCAGUCUGAGUCAUCAGAUUUUUACUGACAUCUGUUAAGCGCAGCUGAUGAAAGAGCAAUUCCGCGACUGGAGUUUCUAACCACCUAAGUGCCAGAGCAGUGCAAAGGUGCGCGUCUGAGCGAUACCCUUAUCAGGGUUGUAGGUCGUGGACUGAUGGGAAGAGCGAGCCAGACAUGAAGCGCAUCGUCAGCCCCUCCUCUCUUUAAUAUUUUUAAAUUUUUUUUUUUCCGCUGCGUGUGCGGCUCCAGACAGUGGUUGGUUUUCAGUUUUAAUUAAUGAGCUGCAGUCCCCGUGGAGGCGGCGUAAUUAGCGACGUCGGGCGGGCGUUUAGCGCUUCGGGGACGUUUGGGGAGAGAGAGCACUUUUAACAGUGUGCACUUUGAUUCGGACCCGCACAGCCGCGAUAAGCGGUUCGGGACGUGCGCUGUGAUGAGGGGCGGCAGAAGGGAGGGUUUGGAUCUGUUGCUGCACCAGGGUUCAUUGACGAAUGUGACCAUUAGAGGGCACUCUGAGCCCGAGCUCAAAAGAGGACUUCAUGGGCUUUUUCAGCUGUGUCAUGUAGGAAAGAACACAUGUAUUUUCAUACUGAUAUUGAAGAGAAUUGUGAUGUUGUAAUCAUGAAAAUCCCCCAGGUUGCAAUCAUGUAGCAUGUAAAUUCUCACUCUUCUGACUGUGUGAUCUUUUGUAUAUUAAAUUCUUAUUGUGCCUUAAAAUAACCUCAUAUGAUAUUUUAACUAGAACCGACUUUACCGAACCCUAAGAGCUCUUCUCGGCGCUGUACUUGCACGACGAUGGCGAAGGGAGACCGCACUGUCCUUGUGUGUUAAGAGCUGCAACAUUUGGAUGUUUCAACUACCAAAUGUCUGAUAGCAACACGUUUUUAUGAGGGUAGAUUUUGAGCAUGAAAAUUCCAAAAAUGUUAACUCUGGGCGCUCCCUGAGCAAACUCUCAAACCGCUGAGGAAGUCCGUAAGAUGUGGUGAAAGCUCUGGAAAAGGCCACUGUAGUAAGAGGGCCUCGAGUUAGAACUUUUUUGGCAAAGCUUUACUUUACAGGUCCGUUAUUUCUGGAAAACUUUCCUGAUGAUUUCCUUCGAAGUUUCCUGGAAAAAACAGGCGUAGCUAUAGGAAACACGGAGACGUGUAACUUUUAGUCAGAGAACAGCAGGUUAGCUGAACAUCUGGAAACGUGAACUUUGCCUACAAACACAAUACGUUGAAUUGUAUGUCUGUAGACAAAUUCAUUUAAAUUUUUCUUUGAUAUCAUAGAAUAAAGUCUCCCGUCAUAAACAAACAAUGAAUACACAUCUACUUGGGUUCACGUCCAGCGGUUCUUUAAAGGGAGUUCCUGUCAUUGAGACCAAAUUACAGAGUUAAUUCCCCAUAACUUCUGUGAAAUUAGUGGAAAAUCACACACCUGUAAAAUAAAGCGUUUCUGACCUUUCCUUUCACCUUCAA